GAGAAGCCCUGGGAGCGGCUCGGGCUGCGGGCUGCGGGCUGCAGGCGGCGCUGUGUGUGGCUGCCGCUCGCUGCAGGCUGCGGGCCGGGCUGGGCAUGGCGGGGCCGUUCGUGCUGGAGAUCCGGCGGGGGACGGGGAGCGCCUCGCUGCUCGUCCGCGAGGCCAGCCUGCGGAGCCUGCCGGCCGACAUCAGCCUGGCGCCGGCCCGCCUGGAGCUGCAGAGCGCCGGGGCCUGCGGGGCGCUGGAGCUGCCGCCAGGGCUCAGCCUGGCCCCGGCCUCCUGCCGCGGCCUGCGGAGCCUCCCCGGCGGGGCCCUGCACCUCCGCCUGCGCCUGCGGGAGGCGCCGGGCGGCGUGGAACUUGUUUAUAAUUUGAGGGAAAGCCUGAAACCCCAGAAGAAUUGCAUCUUUUACUGCCAGUCCUGUGGUGAUGUCAUAGUAAAAGAACGGAAAUUUCUUAGAGUUCUUCCUUUACCAAGUGAAAACUGGAGUGCUUUAGUUGAAGAGUGGUGUUGUCACCCUAACCCCUUUGCCAAAAGCACUUUGCACCCUCAGCGUGAUGACUGUUUUCUUGGAGACACUUUUUUUCUGUUGAAUUCAGAAAACGAAUCGCAUGUCCCUGAACCUCCCAUAUGCUGCUCGGAGACCGGCCAUCACGCUUCUCAGAAUGGCUCUACCUUGAAAUCAAAAGAAAAUACCAGAGUAUUUUGUAAGCGCUGCAAGACCAUGCUGGGAGAAACAAUAUCAUCAGAUACUAUUAAAUACUAUGUCACAGAGGUGAUUGUACAACCAUCGGAGGAAAGUUUCAGCACAAUACCAAGGUCUCAGUUUGUGCAGAGCAUGGUUGCUCAGUGUCUUAUGGAAUUGUCAUCUGCUAAAAGCACAUUUAGAUUCACUAUAAAAGGGGAUGAUGGAAAGAUCUAUAUUUUGAUAUGGCUUUUAAAUUCUGACACAUUGCUGGUGGAGUCUUUAGGAAGUUCCUCCUCCCACAAUGUUUUUACGCUGUUUGGAGAUACUUUCCUGCCUAACUCUGGAGCAGUGGGGACCUGGAAUGCUGUCAAAGUUCUUUACCAGCCAUGCGUUAAGAGCAGGAAUAAAGAACUAGCUGAUGCAUGGGAAAAUGAUUUUGGAGUUCAUCCCUUAAAGUUUCCAUCAGAAACUUGUCUGGAAUUAUUGCUGAUACUGGGAUUGAGUACCACCUCUCUGCCCCCUUCACUUCAGUGCAUGAACUCUUUUCAGAAUCUGCAGGGUUGUACUUGAUUGUUCCAGGGGCAUUUUGGAUUUGUCAGACUGUCUUUGAACCAUCAAACCCUUAAAUACUUGCAGUGCUUGGCCUAGAGACAAGUCAGUGGUGGUUCUCCCCAGCCACAGGAUGAGGAUGCCUCAGGAGUCGUUGUGGUGCCUCGUUGGUCACCAGGAGAGGUGAUUGCUGAGGAAGGAUGUGGUGUGUGUUUUUCCUGUGACUCCUGUAAAAGUGUUUUGCUUGGAAACUGUUUUCCAAGGACAUCCAUCUGUGAGGGCAAAAACCCAAAAAUGCCAAUUGGAGUUGAACCCAUGUUUUCAGAAUUUGUAUUUGCUCCUUUUGGCCUGUUACUGAACAGAUCAUUCAAACUUGAAGUUCAGUGGGACCAUGGAGGGUUUAAUUUGAAGCAAAUAUCACAAUGCUUUGCUGAGUUGUGGGGGACAUGUCUUCUAGGAUUGACCUGUUCAGACCUUAGUUUGCCAAUCUGUGUAGCAAAGUGCUUGAUGUGACAAUGUCAGAUUGUAGUAAUUUUGGUUAAGAAAAUGAUUUCAGGCUGAAGACACUGCUUUAUCAUUUUAAGCUGAUUCCCAAUGUCUGUGCUCUCGCAGCAACAAGAAAGGAACAGACUUGUAGUUUUCAAAAAAAGCAAAGUUUUGAAACCUACUCUAAUAAGAUAAUGUGGAGUUCUGCUAAGUGUGAGGGAAGAAAAAUGGCUGUUAUGAUAAGGUCCUGGCUCUAACUUUCACUCUCCGUGUAGCAUCACAAAAUGUUUGUCCUGGAGGGCACACACCAUCCAGGAAAAUAUUGUUUUAUUUAUUUUUAUCCUUGGGAACCUCGUUUAGGCCCCCAUUUGUGAAUCUAUGAAGCAGAAACAAAAUUUGCCUCAGCUUUCUUCUCUGAAGCUUUACAAUAAGCUACCAGCCUUAUCAUUUUUUUGCCUUGGUUCUUUGCACUGAUAUUCACCUUCUGUAAAGCAAAUAUUAGAAUUCUAUGUCCUAGUUUUUCUGUAUUUUUCCUGGAAAAGUUGGCAAGAUCCGCAGAGAGGUGGAAUAAUGAUAUUAAGUUGUGCUGUUACCUGAGCAUAAGAUCCCUCUGCAAUCAAAAUACAGAAGACUUUGAGUGAAAUGAUAAAUAAUAAAAUGGCACUAGUAGAAAACUGAUAUUUCUUGUGUCUUAAUGGAGCAAUAGCAAAAUGACAAAAACUAGUUUUGCUUUCUUGAGUGUAUCUGUGGUGGCCUAGAAAAAGCAAUCAUACAUACAUAUAGAUAGAUAAUAUUAAAACAAUACUUAUAUUUGAACUGAAAACUAUUGUAAAGUUGUUUUCUUUUAUUAUCCACAAGUGGCAGCCUUGUUCAACAGCAGGCCAGGUUCUAGGCCACUGAGCAAUGGAUACUGAAUGCUCAGGGGGUUUGCAGGGAGAUGACCCAGGGACGUGCCAGAGCUUUCUGCUUUCCUAAAUGUUCCCACUGUUGGACACAUGGUAUGGAGCUAAAUGGAUCACUCGGGCAUUUUUAUGUUCUGAUUCAGUAUUUUAAAAUGAAUCUAACAGGCAGAUGUAUAUGUUGUGAAAUAAAAGUUACAGUUUAGCUCAUGUUAGUAAAGCUUUAUAACACAUCAUCAGCUACCUGUAAUUAAGUAGACAGAAAUGAUCUUAUCCAUAACCUUGUGUUGUUUGAGACUGUAUUUACUCCAUCUCUUGAUUAUAUUUCAGUGUUGCAGUGUUGACAAGUCAAAAUCUUUAGUUGGUGUACAUAUGCAGUGGGUGAUGUUUAGGUUG